AUUGCGUUUGUAGUCACCAAGGAAUACAAACACAAGAACAUGGCGGCACCUUUCAAGAGUCUGGUAGAUGAUUAUUCGCGAUAUCUAAAAGCAUUCCAGCUCUUCCUGGAGCGCUCAUCUGAACACCAGUGCAUGCAGGACUUCAUCCGUGGGAUUCUCCCAGAUAUACUGGCCAGCAUUGGAGAUGGAAAAGGCACUCUCAAUGUGAUGGGAAUAGGAAGUGGAGCAGGUGAGAUGGACCUUGAAAUGCUUGCUCAACUGCAUAUGAAGCACCCUGGAAUCAGAGUGGACAAUGAGGUGGUGGAACCCAGCAGUGAGAUGCUCCAUAAAUACAAAGUGUUAGUGUCAAAGACUUCGGAUCUCGACUAUAUAAACUUCACAUGGCAUAAGAUGACAGCAUCUGAAUUUGAGGAACACUGGAAAGAAGAAAACAUCAUGAAGAGAAUGGACUUCAUCCACAUGGUUCAGAUGUUGUACUAUGUCAAAGAUCCUGAAGCUACUGUAUCAUUCUACCGGAGCUUACUGAACAAGAAUGGGAAGCUUGUCAUCAUCCUAGUGUCAGGGGAAAGUGGGUGGGGUAGGCUGUGGAGAACAUACAGAAACCAGCUCUGCAACACAGAGAUCAGUCAGUGUGUUACCACAGGAGAUAUCAAGAGCUUUCUGGAAGCUAAAGGAAUCCCCUACAAAAACUAUGAACUCCCCUCACAAAUGGACAUCACAGAAUGCUUUACAGAAGGGAAUGAACAGGGAGAACUACUUCUUGAUUUUCUCACUGAAGUCAUUCACUUCAGUAAAACUGCUCCUCCUGACCUGAAAGCUGGUGUGUUGGAUCUGCUACGACAUCCAGAUUGCAGUAAAGAAGUGGACGGAAAGAUCAUUUUCAACAACAAUCUUGGUGUUUUGGUUGUUGAUCCAUAGUCAAGAGACUGUAGUUGUCUUAACAAAACAUCUGACUAACUUUCUGUACUGCUGCACCUGAUUGUGCACUUUUUGGAUGCUAAUGUCAUGUGAGCUUCUACAGAGUACAGUUUUUCGUAUUUUCCCAAUAGGGUGGUUUAUCGUUCCAUAACAGAAAUGCCGCUGAAAACAAUUACCUUCAGAUUUUUGGAUUCAUAUGGUCACCAUGAGCAGAAAUGGGAAUUUAUCCCACUUUAGCCUGUUUUUCAUGUUUUGAUUUAGGAACGUUUGUGAGGGGGUUUUGUAACUUAAUCUUCAGUGUCAAAGAGAAGUAGAGCUGUGCAGUGUAACAUCCUUCAAUGUCAUGACACGAGACAGUAUUUUGUUUUAUUUUUCUGUCAUUGAUUUUCUAUUUCUUUCUUUGAUUUUUCAGCCAGUCAAAGAUAUCCCCUGUAGUUGACUUGUUGUCACUACAGUUGAAUGUAAUCAUUUUAGACAAAUUCUGUAUGUAUUUUGGAAUGAGUAGAGAUUGUUGUGAUGGAACAUUAAGUUCAGAAUUUUGUAGCAUUCUGAUGGAAUGUUUCACUCAUACAUGUUCAGAGUGACAUACUCAUAUACACAGACCUUCAUUUGAGUCUACAUAUGUGUCAACUAGGGGUGUCCGCGACUAAGAAUUUCCAUAGUCGAAUCAGAUUCGUGAAGUCUUGCCUAUAGUUGACUAAUUGUCGAAUCAUGGCUUUUCUUUUUUUUUGCUUAUUGAUCUGUAUUCUCAUUUGGCUUCCUUUUUUCCACACCUGAAAAAAGGGCUGAAACACCCAGUCAAACAAUUUGUCUUCUUGACUUGGCAUAUGAAUUUAUUUUAUAAUAGGACGUGUUCCAUCCUUUUUCAUGCUCAUUAUUUGAAACUUCUGCAUUAUGGUGACCUUAUAACAACAAUAAAUAUGCCCAUUUAGAAUAUAGAAGGCCCAUAGGUUACAGUAAAAAAGAAGCCCAAGUCGGUAGGUACAAAACUUUUUUCUCCCGCACACAGAAAGCAAAAUAAACAAAAUAUAGGAUUAAAUAAUAAAUGGGCUAACACAUGCCUUGGAUUUUUAAUUUUUUAGGUAAAGUUUAAUCCCUACGAGCUAUAACUUACAGGCAAUAUGGAAUAAACACUAUUCGUUAAAUGAUUCCUUAACAUUAACAUAAAACGAGCAUUUUAAUGCCAUGAACUGCAGAACAAUGUCAACGCAAAGUAGAAUAAAAUGUACAACAACAUUCUGGAUUAAACAGAAUGGGAUAAACCUAAUAAAUAACAAAUGAAUAACUGCAGAGAGCUGAAUAUGCAAGCUUGCCGCCAUGUCCAGGAGUUGGUUGCAUGACUUCCAUAUUGUUGUUGUUGCCCUGGCUCACCCUUGCUAAUGUUUCAUAACCACAUUUUGCGACGAUUCGACUAUGAGAUUGGCAGUCCAAUCGGGCUCAUUAGAUCGAAUCGUCAAAUAGUCAACUAUUCGGGGGCACCCCUAGUGUCAACAAAACACUCUGCACAGACCAAACUGAAAACUGCGGUAAUUAAGCCAUAUCAAAAAAUGUUGUCAUAGGAUGUGUUCAUUUGGCAGACUUGGCUUGCUGUGUUUGCUCAUGUAAAGCCCUUGAACUUCCCUGAUGCAAAGUGUUGUAUAGAUGGACUCCAUUGGCUGCUCUCUGAUAUAAGUGGCUUUUUAACAGAUUUACUUUUUGAGUCUACUUUUGGACCAUAGACUGGUUAUGUUUAAGCUAGAUAUGGUCAUACUUCCUCCAUUAAUUCCUCUACCCAGUAAUGUACUUUUUCUACAUUGUAAAUAAAUUCUUUGUUUACAGGCA